AUGCCCUUCAGAUUCCCGGUCAAGUUCGAGCUUCCCAAGCAUUCCUACCUCAAUAGCAGAGUCAUCAAAGACCACUUCAAGCGCUUGCAGUUUGCCGAACAUGAGGUCACAAGAAAAGCGUUGAAGUAUAUUGCCAGAAACACCGAACUUCCUGCCAGAGCCCGUUUGGAAGCCCAGUUACAGCUCACGGCCAUGCCCAAGUACACCUCCCCCACACAAAUCAAGGAAAGAUGUGUCGCCUCAGGCCACAGCCGCUCGGUGAUCACCGACUUCAAGUUGAACAGAACCGCCUUCAGAGAACGUGCCCGGGCGGGCCAGAUUCCAGGUGUGCAAAAGGCAUCCUGGUGA